UGUGAUCUCUUCUGUCUCCAAGGUCAUGUGACUGCUGAGGAAGAGGCCCGCAAGGCUCACCAGCUGUGGCUCUCCGUAGAGGCUCUGAACUACACGCUGAGGUCCGCCGGUGCCGACUCCCCCACCGAGCCUCUAGAGGGCGCUGUGCUCGCCAUCAAAGAAACCUGCGCGCAAAACGAGUUCGCCCAGGCGUUAGCCACCGCUAUUCCCGAAGAGUCUCUGAGCCGAGGCGUCUACAGCGAAGCUAGCCUCCGCGCGCGCUUCUACGACAUCCGCCGGCUCGCGCGCCGCGUGGCGCUCAUCGACGAGACCCGCAACAGUCUUUACCAGUACUUCCUGUCCUACCUGCAGUCCGUCCUUCUGUUCGAGAGGGUGGAAGAAGCGCCGCCGGCGAAACUAGCGGGCGAAGAUCUCGACACGUUCAAGCUGCUCGCCUACGCUACGUACAGCAUCGAGCGCGGAGACCUGGAACUAGCCGCCAAGUUCAUCAACCAGCUACGCGGCGAGUCGCAGCGCGUGGCGCAGGACUGGCUCAAAGAAGCCCGGCUCACUUUAGAAACCAAGCAGGUGGUCAGCCUGCUCUCGGCGUAUGCUAAUGCCGUGGGGUUGGGCACCACGCAGGCGCCUUAGCCACACCCACGUGACCUUAGCCACACCCACAUGAUCUUAGCCACAACUACAGGCUCUGUAACAUCACCCAUUGGCCACACCCACAUAUCCCUUAGCCACACCCACACUGUGGAGAUUAUGUAAAUUACGAGGUCUGUCAUUUGCCCACUGUUAACGGAGCCUUCUACUCAGCUGAUUAAUUUAUUAAUAGUUUCGUGUACUAUCCAGAAAUCUGUCCGAAUUACGUUUGCAGGAAGUGUUUGCCCUUUAAACAGUUCUCAAGUGGCUCCUAUACGUGUAGAAACGCAUCUCCAGGUUUUGCUGAUCUCGACAGUGGCGGCACUCGGUGUAUAUGCCGCGCAUCUCACGGAUGCUAACCUGCUCACGAUGCACGUGUAACGCUUCAGUUUCAAAGUUAUAUAUUUACUGGUUGUUUAUUAACGCAGACUGUUGAGAAUAAUCAGUGCUCUUCUCAUUCAGGAUUGGAGAUCAAUAAAUCACGUUUGUUGACAAGA